AUGGCGACUUAACAAUAGUAUGAUAGCUAAACAAUGCGGACACCCGAUACAUCUACUCCUGUGAUAUCCAGUAUAGGCGAGUACACUAACUGUUCAUUAGAAGCACAUAUAUACCACGUUUAAUUAACUGGAUACGUAUCACCUGUAUAGUCUUUGAAGUGACAUACGAGUCCGACCAUUAAAUGUACAGACUACGACUAAACGUAGAACCAGACACAAAAUGUUCCGGACUAGCACAUGUAGUGAGAGUAACGCUUACCAAACAUGUCGAUAUUUGCAUAUAAAAAUUGGCUCGGAUAACUACCCAAGGAAGAGCUAAGGUCCAUAAAGAGGAUAUAAGCUGGCUUUAUAAGUCAUGGGAGGAAAAUCGUCUAAGGUGACAGACCAACCCCUCACCCAACCAGCACCGCCCAUAGUAGCACCUCCGACGCAACAGGGACAGCCGGACAAGGCGGACAUACCAGAUUUCAUCAAAGAUUACCCGUUGCCAAAACCUCCUCCAAACAAAAAAGCUGACAUAUUAAAAGAUUUGGACACGAAAGCUGCAGACAACCAUGCCAAGUCGGUCAGUCCCGAGUCAGCGACCACGAUGCCAGACCUUGUAAAAAAGUUGGUGGAGCCUUUCAAGGGGAACGACGUGCUGAAGGCCAGGGCUAUAUUUAUGUGGAUUGCUUCCAACAAAGACCAACACGUGAUUCCUAAUAAUGUGAACCCAGACUCGCCCCUCGGACACCUCAAACUCAUGUCUGUCAACCAAAUAUCUCAUUCUGUAAUGUUUACAAUCAUGUGCAGGGCGGCGAAAGUCCCAUGUGUGAUCAUCAAUGGUUUCGCUAAGUCUGCACUGUACGAAGUGGGAGACCAGGAUGUAGACGGGCUCAGAAACACGUGGAACGCUGUGUAUGUGGCGAAGGGUUGGCGAAUCGUGUUUCCACUUUGGGCCAUGUCAGCAGUAGUAGGCAAGAGCACGGGGGCAUGGACUCUUGUGGAGACCAAAGGUCAGGCUGUUCGUCAGAAAGAGGAGGAGUCUGUCGGUGUUACCAUAGCGACUGUCAACGAUUACUAUUUCCUGACAGACCCUAGCGAUUUCAUUUAUCGUUGUUUUCCUGACAACGAAAGCUGGCAGCUGAUACAGAUGCCCUUGUCCAAGCGAAAGUUCAUUAGUUACCCCUUAUUCCGGCCGGCCUACUUCAUUCGUCAGCUACAAGUGACCAGUAAAACCGGAGGUAUUGUUCAGACGCGCGAAGGCAAAUGUAGUAUUGCUUUAAGAACUUUGGCCGGUGCAGACCCGGUCACGCUCACCUACGCACUCUUCUUCAAUCAUAAAGAGUCUGAAGAUCAGAUACCAGCAGAUAUACAACUAGACAAAUAUGUAGCCAUCAUGAAUGAAAAAGAUAAGACAAUGUUCGAUAUGAGAUUUCCCGUAAAAGGAAUUUAUAAGUUAACGGUGCUUGAUUCUGACCAGGAAUGGAUUUGUUUCUUUAAAAUUGUGUGUAACAAAGCUAGACUGCGUUGUGAACCGUUCCCGAUUAACACAGAAUUGGGAUUUGGUCCUACACAAGAGACGAAAGAGGCGGGUCUAGAACCCGAAACUCACAACAAAGGGGUAGUGGGGAUACGUGGCAGACAGUCCGUAGAGAUGAUAUUCAACCUCACCAAACCUGUGGAUGUAAACGCAUCGCUUGUACAUAAUAUUAUACCCAGCGAGGAGCUGAAGGAGCACAUUGUCCAGAAGGUGACAUCAAACACUCUCACGUUACAUGUCAGUGUUCCAAAGAACGGGGAAUACGCCCUGCAGGUCAACGCUAAGGACAAGAACACGGACGGACCGAGUAAAAACGUCUGUAACUAUUUGCUGUCAUCGGAGGACCCGAGCAAGAAACAGCGGGAGUACGAGAACCCAUUGGAGAAGAAGGCACGGGAUACUCUCCAAGCCCUGUUGACCUCCACAGACUCCGUAGCGAUACAGAAGGCACUAGACAAGUUCAACUCCCUAGAUGUAGAGGACACUACUGGUAUUGUACAACAGGCUCAGUAUAGGAUUGAGUUCUUACGAUUACAAAAAGGCCUGAAGACCGCCAUUCUCCGAGAGAAUAUCGAGUUAUUGGAGGAUGCCAUAGGUAAAGCCAGCGCGUCUAGUCACAGAAAUAACCUCCAGGUCAAAAUAGCCGAGGCCACUGAGAUUCUCGAAAAACUCCGUAAGCUCAAGAAGUAUACCCACGAUGUUUUGGCGAUGAAGCAGUCGACAAUCUCUGAGAUACACCGGUACCAAGUUCCUAAAGACAUCAUCUACGACAUUAUGAAGGCAACCUUCCUGCUUCUUGGGGAGACAGGCGACACUUUAGAGUACUGGGAUUACCUACAGACGUUAAUGAGGCGAGCCGGAAGAGACAGCCUCCUAGCCCGGAUACGGAAGCUGAAUUAUGACAAUAUUGAUAAAAAGACAAUCACGAAGGCAAUGAACCUUAUUACGCCUUAUGACAAGGAGGCUGUGACUACGGCCAGUGCUGGAGCAGGUACAUUCUACAAAUGGAUAAUGAAUCUUUCCUCGGCUGGAGUGGGAGAAAGUUCCGAAAAUGGAUCCACGGUGAAACUCGAACAAGCUGUUCGCUACGGAGCUGAAGACCAAAUUUCCAUUGGUCAGAUGGGUAUGCAGGCAUCUGUCCCUAGCAUCGUCGUACAAGAUACGGAAGACUACUAGUAGCGUUCAUUUAAAGACUAUCCUGCUAAUUGACAUUCUGUUGUUGUCAUAAGCCAAUACUCUAUACCUGCUGUAGUCGAAAACUCGUACAGUAAUGUUUCUGUACUACAAUUAUCAUUUCUGAGGAAUGUGAACUUAUGUAUGCAAAUAUGACUCGCUGGAUUGAAUAAUUUUUAAUAGUUAUUUUCUACAUUCAGAAGGAAUCAUUUAUAUAUCCAAACCCUACACCUGUUGUGAAACGUAACUCCAUAGAAGGACGUAGCGAUAAGUGGAUAAAGAGGAUUACUUAUGGUCGUAUCACCUGGUCGGCUUAUCAACAAUGCUAUAACUUUGGUUGCAUAACUUUAUUAGCUUGUGUGUAAGAUAUUUAAGGGACAUAUUGUUCGUCUUUAUAAUAUCUCAAUUGUUUGAUUAUUAGAAACUGUCACUAUCGUUCACUGUUUUACCACUUUGUGAAUUACCAACAUUUAAGUAUUUAACUAUUUCGGUUACUGUUGUCCACAGCUGUGAAUGUGCUCAAUAAUUCUGACACGACCAAGUGCAUCUUAACUGACCACGAUUCUGUUUGAAGUACGUCGACAGUACCUGUCUCGCUGAUAUACUAAUGUCCAAAUGUCAGGAAUAUCUUGUUCAUGUACUAGUCAAAACCUAUGAUUAAAUACGUU